AUGCGGGAUGUGGUGGCAAGGUGUACGGUGGAUGACCGGGUGACACGGGUGGCGUGGUUGAACCGCAGCACCAUCCUGUACGCCGGCAAUGACAAGUGGUCUAUAGACAACCGCGUGGUCAUCCUCUCCAACACCAAGACCCAGUACAGCAUCAAGAUACACAACGUGGACAUCUACGAUGAGGGCCCCUACACCUGCUCCGUGCAGACAGACAAUCACCCCAAGACUUCACGCGUCCAUCUCAUUGUGCAAGUGCCCCCCCAGAUUGUCAACAUCUCGUCAGACAUCACCGUGAAUGAGGGCAGCAGCGUGACCCUUAUGUGCCUGGCCUUUGGGAGACCAGAGCCCACUGUCACGUGGCGGCACCUCUCCGGGAAAGGGCAGGGCUUUGUGAGCGAGGAUGAGUACCUGGAGAUCACGGGCAUCACGCGGGAGCAGUCCGGGGAGUACGAGUGCAGCGCCGUCAACGACGUGGCCGUCCCGGACGUGCGGAAAGUCAAAGUCACCGUCAACUACCCGCCCUACAUCUCGAACGCCAAGAACACGGGCGCCUCAGUGGGUCAGAAGGGCAUCCUACAGUGCGAGGCCUCGGCCGUCCCUGUGGCAGAGUUUCAGUGGUUCAAGGAGGACACCAGGUUAGCGAACGGGCUGGAGGGCGUGCGGAUCGAGAGCAAGGGCCGCCUGUCCACACUGACCUUCUUCAACGUCUCAGAGAAGGACUAUGGCAACUACACGUGCGUGGCCACGAACAAGCUGGGCAACACCAACGCCAGCAUCAUCCUGUAUGGUCCCGGCGCGGUGCACGACGGCGGCAACGCGGCC